AAAAAAAAAUUCCAUUUAGUAGAAAGUAACAAGAUGAUUCGAGGAUGCGUCUCUUGAUUCCUUUAGAAUAUGCACGGCAUAGAUCUCUUUGCCAAAUGGUGGCAGCUUGAUUGCAAAUAUCUUGCGUGCAGUGUGUGUUUUAGAAGGGGAAGAUCCUCUCUUUCUCGGGGCUCCCAGAGCUGGGGAGAAGAAGACGCGGUCUUACCGGCUGCUGCCGCCCCCGGUCUGAAAGAAGGAGGAAAGGGCCAUCAUUGGAGGGCUUUCAGUGCCAAAAUGCGGGCCAGCCAGGCAAGGUCAAAGGUCCUGGACCGCGGGAGACCAAGGUAAUGAUGAUGUCAUGAGAAACCUCAAGUACACACGGCUAUUGAUAUGCAUGAGCGACCAGACGCCGGCGCCGGGACCGAGCCCGGUCUCGCCUCCAGCAUCGCCGCCUCCGCCGUCCUGGCGCGGGGGAUCCGCCCGCAGCUGGCACCUUCCUCCUCCUCGGCAGCGCAGACCGCUUCAACAUCCAGAGGCCAGGAGGCAGGACGCUCUCCCCUGGGGCGGGAAGCAGCCUGCCCGGCCCCGGGGAGAGCAGGGGAGCCCCGAGGAGCCCGCGCUCCUCUUCGGGCAGCCCCCGCCGGUGCGCAGCGAUGCCGCGGAGGGAGCGGGGCCUGGUACUCAGAGGCCGGGAGCAGGGCUGUGCUACGCAAGCGAAGAAAUGCAUGCUGGUGUUACUCAUGGAACCAACGAAGGCAAGUCUUUCUAA